UGGGGCCGCGGCGGCUCCUCUGCCGGGUCGCGCCGGAGGACGGGCCUUCGGGCGGCGGUUCGGGCGGCCUGCGGACGGACGCGCGGGCCGACUCCCAGGCCCCGCGCCUGCCGUCUCCCCCUCCCGCCGGGCCGGGCCCGCGCCAUGGCCGCCUCGCCGGGCUCGGGCAGCGCCAACCCGCGGAAGUUCAGUGAGAAGAUCGCGCUGCACACGCAGCGGCAGGCCGAGGAGACGCGGGCCUUCGAGCAGCUUAUGACCGACCUCACCCUGUCGCGGGUCCAGUUUCAGAAGCUUCAGCAGCUGCGUCUCACACAGUACCACGGCGGGUCCUUACCGAACGUGAGCCAGCUUCGGGGCAGCACCGCGGAGUUCCAGCCCUCCCUUCACCAGGCUGAUAGCGUGCGCGGCACCCGCCACCACGGGCUGGUGGAGAGGCCAGCCAGGACCCGCUUCCACCCUCUCCACCGAAGGUCCGGGGACAAGCCAGGACGACAAUUUGAUGGUAGUACUUUCGGAGCCAAUUACUCCUCACAGCCCCUGGAUGAGAGCUGGCCAAGGCAGCAGCAUCCUUGGAAAGAAGAGAAGCACCCCGGAUUCAGGCUGACAUCUGCUCUUAACAGGACCAAUUCUGAUUCCGCGCUUCACACAAGUGCUCUGAGCGCUAAGCCCCAGGAUCCCUACGGAGGAGGGGGCCAGUCCACCUGGCCUGCCCCAUACAUGGGUUUCUGUGAUGGUGAGAAUGACGUACAUGGAGAAGUGCUGUCUUUCCCGGGCCCACUGAAAGAAGAGAAUCUGUUAAACGUUCCCAAGCCACUGCCAAAACAACUGUGGGAGACCAAGGAGAUUCAGUCCCUGUCAGGGCGCCCUCGAUCCUGUGAUGUUGGAGGCGGAAAUGCUUUUCCACACAACGGUCAAAACAUAGGCCUCUCACCCUUUCUGGGGACCCUGAACACUGGGGGGUCAUUGCCAGAUCUAACCAACCUCCACUACUCCGCGCCCGUGCCAGCCUCACUGGACACCGGCGACCACGUCUUCGGUAGCAUGAGUGUGGGGAAUAGCGUGGGCAACCUGCCAGCUGCCAUGACUCACCUGGGCCUACGGAGCUCUUCUGGUCUGCAGAGCUCUCGGAGCAACCCCUCCAUCCAGGCCACGCUCAAUAAGACGGCCCUGUCCUCCUCCCUGAACAGCCACCCGCAGACGUCCGCUCCCAGCGCCUCCGCCCUUCACCCUUCCCUGCGGCUCUUUUCCCUCAGCAACCCGUCCCUGUCCACCACGGCCCUGAGCGGCCCGGCCCGGCGGAGGCAGCCCCCCGUCAGCCCGCUCACGCUCUCUCCGGGCCCCGAGGCGCAGCCGGCCUUCAGCAGGCAGCUCUCGGCCACCAGCCCCCUGAACCCGUAUCCCGCGGCGCAGAUGGUGUCCUCAGAUCGCAGCCCGCUUUCCUUCCUGCCCACGGAAGCUCAAGUGUCCCCGCCACCCCCUUACCCCGCCCCCCAGGACCUCUCCCAGCCCCUCCUACAGCAGCCCCCUGCCCAGGAGCCCCAGGCCGCCUCAUCCCUGCCUCCAUCUGGCUUCCCGCUCCUCACAGCCCAGGGUUCAUCUUUGACCAACUUCUUCCCAGACGUGAGCUUUGACCAGCAGUCCAUGAGGCCAGGCCCGGCCUUCCCUCAACAGGCGCCCCUGGUGCAGCAAGGUCCCCGAGAACCACAGGACUCGUUUCAUUUGAGACCAAACCUGUAUUCCAACUGCGGGAGUUUCCCCAACACCAUCCUGACAGAAGACUCGAGUACCAGUCUAUUCAAGGACCUCAGCAGCGCACUGGCAGGCAUGCCCGAGGUCAGCCUGAACAUAGACACUCCGUUUCCACUGGAAGAAGAGCUCCAGAUUGAACCCCUGAGCCUGGACGGACUCAACAUGCUGAGUGACUCCAGCAUGGGCCUGCUUGACCCCUCUGUGGAAGAGACGUUUCGAGCGGACCGACUGUGAACAGGAUGGAAUGGGCCGGAAUGUGUUGCUGGAGGAA